AUGAAAGCUGUACAUUUAAACGGAACGGUGCGGCGUGCAUAGGCACGAGCGUAAGAAUUAGGAUACACAUACAAACGCACUUCGGGCUGAACAACAACAACAUUUAUCAACAUACAACCUCAGCAGGGAUCAGUCUAUCACUUUGGAUUCUUUUUUUUCCAGGGGAAAUUUGUUUUUGGAGAUGUCCCACGUCCAAUUAUCAACCACGCUAGAGAGGCUGGUGGCCAGGAAGACCUUCCCUCUCCAGAGGCGCACCGGAGUCUGUCGAAACCUCUUCGGACCGGUGGAUCACGACGAGCUGAACCGGGAGAUGAAAGAAAAAUUGCGAGAGAUCUCCGAACGGGACCAGCAGAGAUGGAACUUUAAUUUCGAGGCCAACACCCCGUUGGAAGGGGAUUACGAGUGGGAGGCGGUGACUGCGGAUAAGACCCCGGUGUUUUACCAGGACUUUGUGCAGGACGGCAAAAUCCGAGUGCCCGUGCAGUCACCCUCGGAUUCUGCUCUCCCGGAGAGCCCUCGUGCGGACGCAUUGGAUCGCCUGGCCGUGCCAGAGAGCAGCAGCUCUCCUUUCGCGGGGGAGAUCAACCAGGAGAACCGCAUAGACAAGAUCAACUCAGGGAAAGCGACCACCAGGCAGCUCCCGUGUGUCAGGCGCAAGAGAACGGCCGCUCCUGACAACAACACACACAUCACAGACUUCUACGUGAAACGAAAGAGGCCUGCUGAUAUAAAACCGAGUGACAUGACCGCCUGUCUCCUCUCCAAGUCUCCAAUCCAGGUGGAACAAACUCCGCGGAAGAGGAUCCGUUGAAGGUGUUUUUUGUUCGUUUUGCACUAUUUUCCUGCGCAUUUUGAGGAUCACGGGAGACUGUUUCUCCACCACCCCGUCGACCGACCCAUCCACUCAAGCAACUGAAACGCAGGAGAGAGAGAAGAGGACGGUGUUGGGGGGACAAAGAAGUCCGAACGGUCGGCUGUGGCUCGAUGCGCCCCGGCGGAGCGCAAUCCGAGCUCCUGACCAGGCUCAGGACUCUGAACGGUUUGGGGGUGGGGUGGGAGGGGGGGCAGGAGAAAAGGAAAGAGAGAGGAGAUUUCUCCGAAUGACUUCUAUCCAGUACAAAUGUAGCAUUUCAUUGUUGCUUUUGCAUACAGCCACUCGACAGUGUUAAAUGUUUUAACAUCUGUGCAAUUAUAAAAAAAAUUCUUUAAAAGAAUCGUCUACACUGGCCAAAAGUGUACAGCUUUAUAGAGACAAUACCUUAUAAAUGUUUAUUUCUGUUCUCGUUUGUGUAUGCGUGCGUGUUUAUUAUUAUUUGUUUUCCCUUUGUUCGGUAAAAUGUAUAUUUUUUUAAGUCUAUUCUAACUUAUAAUUUAUUUAUGUUCGUUCAUAUUUGAUAAAUGCCUUGUUGAUUUAGCCAAAGGGCAUAUUUUGUAAUUUUAAUUUUAUUAUUUACAUUUUUCUUUUGAAAUUUUGUGGGUUGUUUCUUUUUUUGGUUUGUUGUUCUUAACUUUCGCAAUCAUGUAGCUUCCUCAUAUUAGUCCCACACUUGAAAAAAUAGUUUUCUUUGUAUCUCUGAGCCGGUUUCAUUUUGUGUGUAUUUUUCUAUACAAGUGACCUAAUUAUGUCUUGCGAAUGACGUGAAUAAAAAUUUCUUUC